AUGUUUGACCGGAUUAAAGCGUGGGUGAAGCAGCCAAAGCACGACAGAGAAAUCCCACCGACAGGGAUCAAAAUAUUAAACGAUCCAGCAGACCCCGUCCUUGACAUAGUAUUCGUACAUGGCUUAAAUGGUCAUCAGGUGGAUACAUGGCGAGCAGAGGGCCAGUUCAAAUGCUGGCCCGAGACGCUGCUACCGAGAGACAUCGGCAAUGCUCGGAUUAUGGCGUAUGGGUAUGAUGCGGCGGUCGUCAACAUGAAACAGUUCCUGGGCAAAGUUUCAGUCAAUAAAAUCAAGCAGCAUGCGGAAAACCUCUUACAGACGCUGGCUUUGUAUAGCGCCCAAUUUUCUUCGUCUGUCAUAGUUUGGGAGGCAUUGUUUGCAAAUAUGCACUGGUGCGGUCCAAGCAAUGGGGUUCGGAACAGCAUUUGCAUACCCUCUAUGGUUGCACACGGGCAAUCAUAUUCCUUGGGACACCCCAUAAAGGUGCAGGAUUGGCUGGUUGGUUUAGUCGUCUGGCAAGUGGUUGGCAUAGUAAAGCAAACGAAUCCCCAACUGCUCAAACAGCUCGAGGCAAACUCCGCUGAUCUAGAGCGAAUUCAGGAAGAAUUCGAUAUCCUGUUGAGAUCCAGAGCGGCCAGCGACCAUCCUGCUCUCCAAAUUCAGUGUUUUUUUGAAGAGAGGCCUGUUACGGGCGUCGGCACCAUCGUGAACUACCAGUCUGCCACUUUAGCGGGCAAUGUUCCUAUAGGAAUACACAGUGACCACCGGAACAUGACAAAGUUCGGUAAAAGUGAAGAAACCGGAUAUAUCUUGGUCACACGCACUCUGCUACGCUUUCUGCGUUCUCUUACUAAUAUUCAAGGAAAUCAACCAUCAAGCAUCGAUGUGUUUACGGCUCGGCCAGGAUUGUCUCGCCCUGUGAAUGCAAACUCAACUAUGAAUGCCGAGGGGUCCAUGCACACUGGCACCAGUGAAGUCCGUACUCCCUCCCCGGCUUCGUCCUCCGGGAGUUCUGGCUUCGUAAAACUUCCACCUGGUGGCAGGUUCAUUGUCAACGAGAAAGUUAUUCCCCUGCCCAUAAAAAUGGUGCCCACAUGGUUUGAAACGAAAAAGAAAGAGUACUUUCAGUCCCGAGGCAAGGAGAUCUUGCAGAUAAAGUCUUCUUUGCUGGACUCACGACCGCUAGACGCGUCGACGCCUGAGCAUCGCAGCUUUCUCAUUGUGGGCAUGGGCGGAGUGGGCAAGUCCCAAUUGGCUGUGAGGUUCGCGAGCCUGUACGGCGCCGAAUUCGAUGCUCUGUUCUGGUUGACAGCAGACUCCGAGGCCCGAUUGACAGAAAACUACUCUAACAUUGCGGCUGAACUCGGUCUAGUCGGCCCAUCUGACAGCAUGACUCGAGAACAUUCUUGCGAGACGUUUCGAACAUGGUUAGGAGACCCCGUGCGCGGUGCCCCGCAGAGUCAAGAAACCAAGACUCUUGUCAGAUGGUUGCUGGUAUUUGACAAUGCAGAGGAUCCAGAAACGAUCAAGAAGUUCUGGCCCCCAGGCUCCCACGGCAGCAUUCUGGUCACAACCCGUAAUCCGCGUCUCAACAACAACGAUCGACCAUAUACGGGCAAGCUAUCUUUGUCGGGCCUGGAAACAGCCGACGCAGCGCUGCUACUGCGCCAUCUUGCUGAUGAUGAAAAGCCUAACGAUACCCAAACUGAAGCCGAUGCAAUGGACAUUGUGGAGUGGUGUCAAGGUGUGCCAUUGGCAAUCGAGCAACUGGGGCGAGCCAUAUAUGACGACGAGCUCACAAUCUCGGGGUUCAAGAAGCUCUUUCCCUACAAAAACGCCCUCUACGCCUAUUUGCAUGGUGAGAAAAAGGAUGGUCCGAAUUUGGUCACUUCGUGGGCGUUGGAUAGGCUUUACAAGUCCCAGCCAGAUACCUUCGUACUAUUGAGCUUGGUGUCCAUGCUGGACCCGGAAGGCGUCGAGAAUCGCACACUGGAACCACGGCAAAAUACUUUGAACAGCUCAGGAUCCUUGAUGACUCAGUCAGAAUUCCGUGGUUAUCGCAACCGCCUUUCUAAAACUUCGCUAAUUCAUGUCAACCGCGACAAUCAAGAAGUUCGAGUUCACAGACUGGUGCAGGAUGUGACUAUUGAGGUUGCCGUUCGCUAUGGUUUGGCGGCAACGGUCUUCAGACAAGCUGUCAGUCGGAUUGCCCAUCAAUGGCCGUUCUUGAACAGAAAGUACGUGACGGGAAAAGCCACCUUGGUCAAUCGUUGGGACGAGUGUCGUCUAGCUUAUAUCCAUAUCCUUCGCUUGAUGGAAGUGCAUGCCGAACUAAAGCAGUUGUCUGUGGCCGAGCUGGCAAGUUUUGAACUUGCUGAGUUGCUAUUGGAAGCAGUACAAUACAGACUCGAGACCGGCCUUGGCCACGAAGCUAUCCUGCUCCUUGACACCGUCAAAAGCAUUUACAGACCAGACCACAGCUGCCCUUCUGCCUCGGCAGAGGAUCUUGCAAAAUACUUCCGAGGCAGAAUUGGACUGGCAGUUUCUGCAAGAAAUAUCCGGGAACUGCUGACGUACGCUCGCAAAGCUUGGGACAUUGAGGUCGAACGGCACCGAAAAGCGGGGAAUACCACAUCUUCCAUCCUGGCGGUGGCAUACAACGACCUAGGUCAAGCGUGGGCAUGUCACCGUGAAUGGGACAGAGCUCUCGACCUACUGAAAGAAUCAAGACGCAUCCGAGAAUUACUCCCAGAUUUCUCUAGGGACAAACUCUUUUCGCCUCUGUACCACAAAGCUUUGGUGUUGCAGCACCAGGGCAACUACGACGAGGCUGAAGAUGUCGUCAAUGAAGCCAUACAAGAUCGAGAAGCGACCUUUGGAGUCGAUGAUGCGAGCUCGGUCCGGAGUGCCGCUCUAUUCUAUGCUCGCGGUAAUAUCAGACUGGCCCGUGCAGAUGAGUCUCGUCGAGAUAUUAACCAUAGCUUGCAUGACCAUAUGGAAGCCGUAUCACGAGCGGCGCGAGCUGCCGGCCAAAAGAAUCGGUCAACACUUCUUUGUCAGUAUCAAUUAGCAAGAGUAUACGCAAAGCGUGCGGAGUAUACCAGUGCCUGCCAACAACUUGAGGAGAUCCAGUCGCAUCUGAUCAACAAGCCCACGUACUACGCCGACAUCGCCAGAAGCUCAUACUUGUAUGCGACAUCUCUGAAAGCUAUGGGGAAAGACCGAGAAGCCAAAGAAGAGCUUCGCAGAAGCGUUGAUGUCCACAAUACGCUGCGUCCUCUUGAACAGCGCACAAUGGCCACCAUUACGCCCGAGGAUAUCGCUGAACUUGUCCCAUACGAUUAUCUAUAACUGCAGCUUGAAACAUCCGCCAUUCCUGUUUCUCUGUUCCGGUUCCAAAAUUUUCUCCGAGACAGCGACACAUAAUCUUUUAGGAUACAAAACCAAAGGACAUGCAUCAGAAGAAGACGAGACUUUCUACUGCCGCCAUGUAAUCGGGAGAACUUGAAACAAACAUGAUGGCACAGGUUCAUGUGCGCUAGCGGUCUGGAAAAAUCUCAUUGGCGUCUCCACUGCAUCAUUCCGAGAAACUGGCAAGAACGCAGUCUGAUCUACUUAGCACAAUUUGUUAUGGACCAGCAGCGUACUCAUCAAGGCCGUUUCCGGCUCCAAGAUUUCACAGGAGGGUUGGCUGUGGAUUGUUUACGGCUCGGAGACGUGCCCUUUUGUGCAGUUUCGUGAAAGCCAAUUAUGGGCUCGAAAGAGUCAGCGCCGACUUCUUGAACGGAGGUACCCUGGGUACCACAUCAUCGUGGCCGUGAUCUGAUCACUGGACGGACUGAUGAUGCACACCUCUUGUUCCAGAUGAGAGCUAAGUUCGCUUGCAACAUGAACUCCCACCAGCAUCUCAGAGUGGUACUUCACGAUGAAAAUCAACCGAGAAUGGGGCAGGCUUCCUUGACAUUUAAUACAGGACUGAGAUGGCAGCGCCUUGAGUCUGGCUCUUCAUUCGGAUUAGGUACGAAUAAACCAGUGUCAAGGAUACGGUGCGGCUGGAACAGGUGUCCAAGAUGAAAACAAGGCAGAGACUAUGCAGCAGCCGUACGACGCAUCUCGGAAGCCUGCGCCUGGACAUUUCCUCUCUGUCCCACAAAGAAUAUUUUUCGCCCGUUGGGACGUCGUCGCUCACAUGUGGUCAAAAGCAAGAUCUUCCUUCACCGGGCGAGUGUGAUGGGUGAGUCGCUGAGAUGAAGAGGCGGCGGCAUGUGUCUGCUGGCCUUUUGCGGCCCGGUUCAGAUCUAAUCGAAUUGCUGGCUCUCCUGUGGCCAAUGUCGCUUCUGUGGCUGUGAAGACACGCGUACCUGUCCAGGAGUGUUUCAUGAGGUCUUGUCCUAGCAGUCUUGAAAGUGACGAUCGAGUGUUGCUGUGGCCGCUUCGCCUUCGGAGGAGCGCACAGAGUACUGAAUGAGGUACCCUUGCGCUCCGUUUCCCCACGACUCUCACCCCCGAGAGAUCAACGGGAUACCGUGACUGCUCUGUCGCGAAUGGCGCUCGAGAGAUUUCGCACGAACCCGCGUCUUUCAAAACCCUCAUUGGGCACCGUACAAGGAGAUAUUUCUGGCGCCGUCGUCGCCGGGGUUAGUGCUGUCUAAAGAGUGAGCCGCUACCAAGAGGCCAGUCAUUGUGUUAUCGCCGCCGGAUCGAAGUCUUCGGCGCCGUGGUGCAAAGAGGGCUAGUCUCUCACUACCGAGUCGACGGCGUCUGGGCUCUACAUGGCUACACCGCGAUGAAGCGUUUAUGGUGUAUCGCCCAGUUAGGUGGCGACUUUUUUCAUGGGCUCCUUUGAAGCCAAGUUAGCUUUUCGGGUGUGGAGGAUAUUGUGGGAGGUGAUCGGCCUCCGGAGGGAGGAGGUGGCUAUGGGAAGUUCCUGGUUUGCACGCAGACGUGGAUGGUAGGACAGGCGAUGUUAGAGGAUUGUGAUUGGGAGCCGUGAGAUUCGAAGUCGAGGACGAGGACGAUGACGGUCUUGCGUCCUACGAUUGUCAGAUACAUCACUAUACUUGGG